UAAGUUAAUAUUUUUCUCAGUUUUAGUUCCCUGUGCACAGUACUCAGUAGAACAUUUUCAAAGUCGGGCCACAUUAUUCUUGUUUCAAUUAUAAUAUAAUAUAGACAUGAAUUUGAAUUGUGCAUCAGGACACAAGAAGAGGAGACUUGAGUUUCCUUCAAAAGAUGAAAAAACACAGAUACUUUCUGUGACAACCCAGGACGAAGAUACAAUCACAGACUUAAAGAAAAGAUUAGAUAAAAGUGAGGAGGAAAAUGAACAAUUAGAUGGAAAAAUAGAGACGACCAAUGAUUUAUUGAAAAAAAUUGAAGAAAGAUGUAAAGAAAUCACAAAGGAAAAUGAAAUAUUACGUGAGAAAAAUGAAAAGUCACUUGAGCAAUUACAGCAAACAGAAAGUGAAAUUAAAGUACUCAAAUCAGAAAGUGAAGAAGCAAGAAGAAUACAAGAAACAAAAGCUAUUGAGGUAGAGUCUAGUCAGCAAACCAUCAAUACAUUGGAAAAAAAAGUGGAAGGUCUACAAGGAGAAAAAGAAAACACAAUAAGAUCCUUACAAGAUGAAUUAAAUGUCCUUAAACAGAGGUUAAAAAAAGAACAAGAAGAUGCAACACGUGAUGUUAAAGAGUUGAAAAAUGAAAAACAGCUAGCUAUAGACCAUUACACACAACAAGUCCAGAGUAGAGACAAUGAAAUUCAGAGAUUACAUGGACAAAUCAGGCAAUUAUCAGAAAACAAUGCACAGAAUGAAAAAUUCUGUAGGCAACAGCAAGAAGAAUUGCAAAGUUUUAAGUCAGAGCUGGAAAGAAAAGAAAAUACUCUACAAACAGUUGUCAAACAAAGAGAUGAAGAAAGAACAUUGAAGGAAGAUGAAAGGAAACAGAAAGAUGAAGCUUUGACAAGGUUAAGUGCAAUUGCUGGUGACAGACUGAGAAACAAUAAUCCAGGAAUCACUGACCUGUCUGACCCUAACAGACCAAUGAAAAUAGCUGAAAAAUUUACAGAAAUGUAUGACAAUGAUUGGACAGACAGUAUGGAAGCCUUAGAGGAUCUUGAUCUUGGAGAAGGAGAAUGUGUCAAAAUAUUACUACAUUUUCUAACAGAUUCCUAUGAAGAGUGUGGAAGACUUGUAGCUGAAUUAGACAGUCACAUUUUAAAAGCUGUAAUUAUAUCUACUUGUGAGCAAGACACAAAUGAGUCUGGAGAUAAUAAACCACAAGAUCAAAAUAUUCCUGCAGAGUUACUGAAACCAAUGAAAGAUUUAAGAAAGAAGUUGACUGAAAAUAAUGUUGAAAAAUUACAGAAGAAACUACCUGAUUACUUAAUGAAAGCACGAGACCUAACUGAGGAACAUAUAACAGCAUGUUCUAAGUUUGUAGCAGAUUGUAUUAAGUAUGCCUGGAUGAUGCAGAUACAAGACCCACCAGUUUACAUAGAGUGGGAUUUCCCUAGUGAUACAAAGAUAGAUACUAACAUCUUACGCUCCUACACAAAGGCUGGAGAUCAUGUUGACUUUAUAGUGUGGCCUGUGUUGUACCUACACAAAGAUGGCCCUGUACUUAAUAAAGGUGUUGUUCAGCCAAAGUCAGCAAAUAAGUAAAUGACAGCAAUACAUACAUUUUAAUGAACCAUUCCUUAACGGUUAUGCUUAGGGCAUACCUACUUUUUAAAGUUUUAAAGUGUUGUAAUAGAUAUACAUGUUGUUAACAGUAUAUUGUUAUGUUUAUAAGUUAUUCAGAAUAAGAUGUUUUACUUAUAAAAAGGAUAAUGUUGGAAUAUUGUAGAAUUUGCUAAAAUUUUGUCAGGUUGUUAAAAAUAUUGAUUGAUUGAUAGGUGUUUUAAUGCCACCUUCAGCACUACUGUGCUAUUGUGGCGGUUAUUUUUAUUGGUUGAGGAAGUCAAAGUCCAGGAGAGUACCACUCACCCUUAGUA